CAAGCGUCCUAGUAACAGUUAUCUCGUAGGUAAUACCAUCUGACAUUAUUAUAAAGUACCAAAUUAGGCAGUUGCGUCAAUGACAUUGUCUAUAGAACACGUAAUCUAGCUUCUUCAGCCUGUACUUUACAAUUGCUGAGCUCUACAAUUGCUACUUCCAUCUUAGGCCUCCUCUUUCGAAUAGGUACAGUAACUCAGCAGCACAUGCCAACCAGAGACAACGGUGAGCCUUAUAAUUAUAAUACUUUAUCAGCUGUGAGUUUAAAAAGUUGCGACUAAUACCCAAUAUUCUGGUGCCGAAGUGAAGUUGUAAGACUAAAAAAAGUCCACUUGCAGAUUAAUGAACUGUUGCUGAUCCUUUUGAAGCGAGCCGUUGAUCCACACAGAGAAAUGCGAUCAAAUGGAAGACAUACAACAUCAUUGUGUUCGCUACCCCAGCGACCUCGUACUAUAGGAUCCGUUAGGGGCUACAAAUCAAUUAUCACGAGGAAUAGACCUUAUCAUAUUCUUGUUGUUGGUGAUUCAGGCGUAGGCAAGUCAGCAUUGACUGUACGAUUCAUAACGAAAAGGUUUCUGACAGAAUACGCGCCAAAAGAAGAAAUCACAGUGGAAAAGUAUAUAGAUAUCGAUAGUUGCCGUAUGCACGUUGCGAUUACUGACUCUGCCAAGACGGUCGAUGUUAUUCCAUCAGACACUUCACACAUUGAUGGCAUAAUGGUCGUGUAUGACAUCUCAAAGAGGCCGUCUUUCGUUGCCGCCAUUGACAUCCUUGACAGUAUUUCACAGGACGCUAUUGCGAGUCGAAUUCCAAAAUGUCUGAUAGGAAACAAAGCAGACCUGGAACAUUUGAGACAAGUAUCGACCAUAGAAGGCGAGAUAGUAACAGCGCAGUACGUUACCUUGGACUGUAUGUUCCAUGAAACGUCGGCAGAAAACGGAGUUGACAGCGUGAAUAAGGCAUUUCAGACGCUUUUACGACAGAUAGUGCAAAUUGAAGAGGGUAAAUGUUUUCCAUCUUCAUACGGAUCAAACCCUACCCUUAACAGAAGUAGAUCUCUUCGUGCAAUAAUGAAUCGCUUCCGAUCAAGAGGAAAACGGACUGCAACUAUAUGAAAAGUCGCCUUCAAAUGGUAGUUGACAUUACAGACUUCAAAAAGUGUUAUUUUAAGUUUACCUUGGAAAGAUUCGCCUAUAUUGAAAAUGCUUAGGGCCCCUUAUUUUCAGGUAUUUUGGAAUAAAUCACGUUGGAAAGCCUUGAGCCCUAAAGUUUACGUAUUUUGGAAACCCCACUUAUUAGAAUGACAUAAAGCCAGCCACCCCUCCCCCUCCCCCAACAUGAUGCUUUGGAGAAAAACUACUGUAUAUUUUGAACUAAUUUUCACCAAACAUAAUGGCAGGUCAGUGGAAGUGGUUUGGCGCAGUGGAAAUGAUUUAGUUGGCAUCCCUGAAGCCGGGGUUUCCAUCCUCAUUCGCUGUGUGCCGAUUUCGCUUGUGUCCUUGAGCAAGGCACUUUAUCUACAUUCAGUCUACCCUACCUAUCAGUGGGUAUCUGCGGUGGACAAGCGUCUCACCCAGGAGGAGUAUCACAUUCUCAUCCGCUUCACGCUACUUGAAACUGGGGAUAAGCUCCAGCUCUGAGCCCUAGUGAGUCGGCAAGAAUUUUCUUAAUGGCAGAUCAUUGUUUUUUGUAAUGUUCGAACGAAAAGGAGAAAAUGAUGAAGUGGGCAGCAAAGAAAGUUUGAACUCACCUCUCUUGCCAAAUAUUAUUUUUAAGAUAUUAAAUAAACAUUACUUAGGAGCCUAACUAAUGCAGUAAUAACGUUAAUGUUGUUUGUUUGUCACUCUCCACAGGACGGGGUUGUGUAAAUUUAUAGAUGUGAAAUACUAGUAGACGUUACCAGUGAGGUAUUGUCGAUCAACCAUUUUGAUGUGCCUUUAGAAUUUGCAGCUUUAAGUUUAGAUAGGUAUAUAUAUAUAUUUUGAAAGCGAUUGUAAAUAAAUAUCGGUUUACGCAAAUAAUUAGGCUAUAAUUAUCAUAAUAAUUAUGAAUAUUUUAUUGUUAAUAUUAUUUUUAUUAUUAUUGUUAUU